GCCCUCUCCCGGAUUCCCCUCAGACCAGCCGCUGAGGCCGGCGGGGAGAAGGCGGUUGAUUCCCGGGCGCUGAGGCUGAGGGGAGGCCGCAGGAGGGCGAGGCCUGUUGGCGGCGGUCCCCUCCCUAGAUAGAAGGCAGGCCUAAAAUUUGGAGCCGCGGAAGGAGAGCGACGGGGGUGGCCUGCGGAACUCCCGGAGACUUGAGGCUGAGCCAGGAACCGUUGGUGAGCUUUCCUGUUUCUGGACUGAGCCAACAUGGAUAUGGGAGGCAGUAGCCGGAUCCCCUACGAUGAUUACCCAGUGGUCUUCCUCCCUCCGUAUGAGAAUCCUCCGACCUGGAUCCCCCCUCAUGAGAGGAUUUACCAUUCGGAUUACAACAACGAGUUAACCCAGUUCCUGCCACGUACCAUCGUCCUGAAAAAGCCUUCGGGGGCUCAGCUGGGCUUUAACAUCCGAGGAGGAAAAGCUUCCCAGUUGGGUAUUUUCAUCUCAAAGGUGAUCCCGGAUUCUGACGCUCAUCGAGCCGGGUUGCAGGAGGGCGAUCAGGUCCUGGCAGUGAACGAUGUGGACUUCCAAGAUAUUGAGCACAGCAAGGCUGUAGAGAUCUUGAAAACUGCUCGGGAAAUCAUUAUGAGAGUCCGUUUCUUUCCUUACAAUUACCACCGGCAGAAGGAGAGAACGGUUCACUAGAACGUCCCUUCCCCGACGAUCUCCUCGCCGACAUCCAGCCGAUUCCAAUUUUCAAUUUCUUUUUGGAAUUCCGUGCGAAGCACACUCUUUUAUUCUAUAUAUAUUUUUAAAGGCCCCAAAUAGAUUUUUUUUUUUUGGUAGGGCAGGGACCCAAAAAAACAAAAUUCCUUUUUGAUCGGAUGCGUUGUGGAAGUUCUACCAAGACCGAAAGUGCUCCAUUUUUCCUUUUGCUUCAUCCUUGCGGACCAAAAGAUUCGGGGCUCUCCGCCCGAUUUCAACUCAUCCCUGAUCCAGAAGGAAAGAUGGAUAUCCAAGGAUGCUGCGUCUCCCUGUGGAACUGCAUUUUUUUUUCUUUCUUUCUUUCUUUCUCCUCCAUAAUUGGAAGAGGAGCCAACUACCUGCCUCCAGAGGUGUGCAGAUCACCUGUUUGGUUUCCAAAAUUCUUUUUGGAUGGUGGAGGCCCGUGAGGCAGGCUCCGGGCUCACAGCCUGCCACGAACAUCUGUUGCUUUGAAAAGGGCGAUUCUGGUUUUUUUUUUUCCUUCAAAGCAAGAAUCCUCCUUCGUCGCCCCGUUCUACUCGCUCUUCCAACUCUGAAGAGUUGGUAGUUUGUUUUUAAGAGAAGAUAAUUACACGGUGCUUCUGUCCUUUUUCCAUGAAGGCGUUAAUGGGAGGGCGGUGUGUAGAUCCUUACCUCCACAGAGGAUUUACCUGGAGAACAGCUUUGUUUCCCUUCUUGAGUUUGAACUUUGAUCCAUCCACAGCCAGAAAAGCUCCUUGCAAAUCCACCGAGUAAAUAAUCACUGAUUUUUCUGGACUUGGAAACUUGCAAUUCAGCCUUAGAAGGAACAGAUCUUUUUUUUUAAAAAAAAUCCUCCUCUAAGCUUCCCACUGCUUCAAAGCUGCGUUACCAGAUUGCCUUCUCUUCCUUGGGUUUGGGUUUUGUAAUCGGGGGGACCCUGGUUUGGAUAAGUUUCCAUCUUGAAUAAAAAAUAUUCCUAUCA